AAAACAGUUACUGACGUUAUAUUUCUGCGACUAAAAGAACGUGACAUUGUGGGACAUGGUUGUUUUGAAAUAAAUUAUUCUGUUUUAUCAAGUCAGUGUAUGUAGUACAAUAUACAAAUGAGUUUUCACUGUAUUUUCACAAUGAAUUCAAUUAACAGGCUCCUUCACAAGACUAGAACUCUCUUAACUACAAGCCUUAUUCAAAGAUCGUUGACUUCGGGGACUGAUGGAGAAGUAAGAAUCUCUCAGCUAUUGAAAGAGAAGUUCCCCCAGGCUACAUCUCUUAAAGUAGUAGAUAUUUCAGGUGGCUGUGGAUCCAUGUAUGAAAUCCAUAUAGAAUCUGAAGAAUUUAAGGGAAAAAGAACAGUACAUCAACACCAACUGGUCAACCAGGCAUUGAAAGAUGAAAUUAAAGCCAUGCAUGGACUCAGAAUAUUUACUGCUGUUCCUAAACAAUAGGAUGAAAUACGGACUUGUGAGAUCGAGAAUGUCCUGGCUGGACAAUGGAUAUGCCAGAGGAGGUCGAAAGCAAUUGAAGACAGGAUAACAGUUGAAACAAAUGCCCCUUAAAUCCACUUUCAUCGGGGGGGUGGGGAAGACGACCGAGAAAGAAUGUAGCAUGACAAUGACAAAACGAUGUUAAAUACAAUAUUUUAUUCACUCAAAUGGGAUUCUGAGUUUAUAGACUUGUUUUCUUUACUGGUAUUGAAAGAAAUCCUGGAGAAAAUGCUAAAGGUCUUUACUUCAAAGUGCACCGUUUUUAGGGAAAUGUCUACUUUAAUGCUAAUUCAGUCCACUCCUCCUGUUAUUACUGUAGCUUUGUGAACAACACCACAUACAGUAUUAUGAGUGCACGCUGUUAGUGGCCGAUACUCUUACUGCAUAGGGUUUGGUCUGGGUGUCAUACAACAUUGAUUGAGGUAUGACAUAGGCUACAAAAUACUGAUAAUAUGUGGAUAGAUAAUGGCUUUGGUUGAAACAGUUCAGCUGUCAUCCUCAUCUUGUGAUUACCCAGUUCAUCUUGAGACUAAAAAUAUAAUGGAACAUUGAGCAAAAUAAUAAAUAAAUAAAUACAUCAUGUGACUUAAUAAAGAAAAUACAUGAAAUUAAAAACAAAA